AUGGUAAAUGCCCAAGAAUAUAUAAACGAAAAUUAUCCCUUAGAAAAACGAGCCAAUAUUACUGAAUUAGAUCUUAAUAAUAAAAAUCUAGAGGGUUCUUUAGAUCUAACUACUUUCAUUAAUCUUCGUAAAUUGAAUGUCUCCUUUAACAAGUUAAAUGACAUUGGAUUAUCUAAUUCCGCACUUUCUUUAAAAAAACUUAAUAAUUCUUAUAACAGAAUACCUAGUUUCGGAUUUAUUGGUUCGAAUCUUACUCAUUUAGACAUUACUAGUAAUAACUUAACUAAGUUGGAUGUCCAUGAGGCUAGCAAUUUAAUUGAAUUGAAAUGUUCAGGUAAUCCUAUUACUAACUUAAGUUUGCCUUCUAAUCCCAGUCCUAAUUUUGUUGAUUGUUCUAUUUUGCCAUCAAUAAAUAAUUCUACUUCUUUUAGUUUAAUUGCUCCUAUAGCGUUAGGGAUCGUUGCGGUCGGAGUUGUCUCUGUUGGUGGAAUAACUUACUAUCUAAUAAUCCGAAAGAAAAGAGAAAAAAUUAGAAAACAAAUAAGUCAAGUAGCGGAAGAAAGCGGCCAAGAAACAAAGUCAGAAAUAGCAGAUUUAGACUGCGCAUUAGUCAUCAGCAGGAAAGAUGGAAUAAUUGGAAAUAGCGAAUAUAAUUUAUGGGUAGCAGUUUAUGAACCUUCUUUUAGAAAAGUCAAGCAAGAUAUUAAUUUAAUAAAAUUUGUAAAAAAGUUGCCGGUGAUUAAAGAAAAGUUGGGUGAAAUAAUAAAAUACUUCGGAGAAGCUUUGAAUGGUGAUCAUCCUGCUGUAGAACUAUAUAAUAAUAUCUAUACUACCGAACUGCCUUCCCUAAAUCAAAACUAUAAAAAUGUAUCAAAAAAAGAGAUAGAAAUACCUACUCAAUUUGAGCCUGAUGAUUAUAUUAGACCUUAUGACAUUAUUAAAAGGAAAAUAAAAGGCACUCUCGCUUACCAUUAUGCUAUUUACUUAGGUAAUAAGCAAGUAGUUCAUAUUUCUGGCAAAGAAGUAAUAGAACUGAUUCAGGAACAUAUUGAUAUAGCAGAAAAAGUCAGAUAUGGCCAAGGUAAAUACAAAUUGUUUGGUAAUAAUUGCGAGCAUUUUGCCACCAUGUGUGUCUAUGGUUUGGGUAUGUCGCAACAAGCCAAGAGUGUAACAGGAAAGGCUGAUUAUUUACUAAAAGUAAUAGAAGAAAACAAUAAACUUUUUGAAGAGUUAGAAAAAAACCACCUAAAUAGUGAAUCUGAAUCUAAUCAAUCAAUAGAAAUCUAUAAUCAAAGAGAAAAUGUCUUCCAUAAUAAUAGCACUUCCUUACUUUCGAAUUUAGAAGAAACAAAUGAUGAUAUUGAAUUGGAGAAUUUAUCACUUCAAGCACAAAUUGAAGUUAAUUCCAAUCAAAAUAAUUAA